UAGUUUAUUGAUUUUCACUUGGGCUAAACAUCAAGCACUUUCAGGUCUUUCUUCAAUGGCUCUCCUCCAUUUCAUCCCUUCCCCUUCUUCUUCUUCCGUCACUCACCAACCUUCGAUAAGCCCCAACGCCGCCUAUUCGAACCCCUUUUACAAGCCAUGUUCACUCCCUCAAUCGCGCCGAUUCCAAAGGCUCAGCUCUCUCCGGUGCUCGGCAUCCUCUUUUCCGGAGAAACACAGCGCCGAUCCUGCUAAAUCAGACGACGUCGUUGAGCUGCCACUUUUUCCUCUCCCCUUAGUUCUCUUCCCCGGAUCCGUUCUCCCUCUCCAGAUCUUCGAGUUCCGCUACCGCAUUAUGAUGCACACGCUCCUUCACACCGAUCUCCGCUUCGGUGUAAUCUAUUCCGACCCCGAAUCCGGCACCGCCGAAGUCGGUUGUAUCGGGGAGAUCGUCAAACACGAACGUCUCGUCGAUGACCGCUUUUUCCUCAUAUGUAAAGGCCAGGAACGGUUCCGUGUCACUGGCAUCGUCCGUACGAAACCGUACCUCGUCGCCGAAGUGAACUGGCUCGAAGACAGACCCUCCGGUGACGAAGAUUUGGAAGGAUUAGCGAAUGAAGUGGAGAGUUGUAUGAAAGACGUGAUUCGAUUAUCGAACAGGCUUAAUGGAAAACCGGAAAAGGAAGCGCAUGAUUUGAGGAGGAGCCUUUUCCCGACUCCGUUUUCGUUUUUCGUAGGGAGUACGUUCGAGGGGGCGCCGAGAGAGCAACAGGCUUUGCUGGAGUUGGAAGAUACGGCGGCCAGGUUAAGAAGAGAGAAGGAAACUUUGUGGAACACUCUUAACUACUUGUCCGCUGCAUUGGCUGUGAAAGACGUGUUUCCCUCUUCAUGACGACAGAUUUAAGUAAUUUUAGGCAAAUUUUGUUGAAAAUUUGGUGAUUAUAUAGAUAUUUUGAUGGGCAAUUUCAUUUGUUAUGCAUGAAUCUGUAAAAUAUUGAUAUAACUCUGCUUGUUAUUUUACUAAUAGUCUUUGGAAUAUUGAAUGAGUCAUUGAUGUUUAGAUGGUUAAUUUUCACAUAUGCUAGCCUUUUUGGAGAUGCUUUAUUCUUAAUGUUACUGCAAAAAUGAUUGGAUUCUUAAGCUUGGAGUGGAUUGAUGUUUGAU